AGGCCGCUUCUGACUUCUCUAUUUGGCGCAACCGAAUGACGUCGGGGCUCCUGGGAAUCGGAGUCCAAAGCGCCUGGGAGGCCCCAGUUUGCUCUGAAUCUGCCGAGCUGCCCCGCCGGCGGGAGGGAGCCGGGCCUGCCAGUCCUCCCGGGGCGGGAGCGGCCUGGUCCCCGCCAUGAGCAAGAGGAAGGCGCCGCAGGAGAACCCCAACGAGGGCAUCACCGACUUCCUGAGCGGUGCGUGGCCGGGCGGGGGCGGCGGGGGGGGCGGCCCAUAAGGGGGGGGCAGGGCGGGGGGCGGCGUCCCCAUCCUGCUCUCUCAGUUGUGCAUUGAAAGUACUUCAGUUGAACAAAAUGAAGUGAAAAGUACAUGAAAAGUAUAAUAUAUCGCCAUGUAUGCAAAACUACAAUUUCAUAUACGCUUGCCUAGUAUAUAGGUAUCUGUGUUACAUAUUACUGUAUUUUUCGCUCCAUAAGGUGCACCGGACCAUAAGGCACACCUAGUUUUUAGGGGGGGGGGAAUCAAGAAAAAAAAUCUUAUUUCCCCCCCCCCAGCCCCAAAGAGCAGAGGACUUCUCCCAGAGCUUCUGGGGCUGUCAGGGGAAGCCCGGGUCCCCAGCCCCCAGCCCCAAAGAGCAAAGAAGCCAAGACAGCGAGCAGGAUGGAUCCCGCUCGCUGUCUUGGCUUCCUUUUUAGCCGCGGGGCUGGGGCGGGGAAAGCCCAGGUCCCCCCAGCCCCAGGGACCACACAUUCGCUCCAUAAGACGCACAGACAUUUCCCCUUAGUUUUUAAGACGAAAAAAGUGUUUCUUAUGGAGCGAAAAAUACAGUAUCUAAAAUACAUAUAUGGUUAUAAGUACUUUAGUGUAGUAUAGAAAUGUUAUUAUUAUUAUCAUUAUUAUUAUUUGCAGAAUAUUGAUAGGUAUCUUUUCAAAAUGAGAGCAGGAGCAUCAAGUGAUGCCAAGCGCAAUCCUUGCUGCACUUUCUACUGCAUUUCAUAAGAAAAAAAAUUGGUGUGCCGCAAGCAAAUUUUUAUUCUGAAAGUUUCAGAACCACUGCUCUUGGCUUUGGAAGGUUGUAGGGCAGGGCUGCUUGCACCUGGCAAGCCCCACUUCCACUCCUGGCUAAGUAGUUAUUAAAGGCAAGUCAUCAAGAGAAAGCAGCAGAAAAGGCGGAAGAAAUGGCAGAAGUGGUCAAGGACAGAACAGGCUGCAUGGGGGGCUUUCAUGUAGGUAGAGGGUGCAAGGUGCUGAAUUAUUCCACUUAUUUUACUAUUAGGACUGUUACUAUUUAUUAAAUUUGUACACCGUUCUUAAUCUGAAGAUCACAGGGUAAUUCACAACAUAAAGAUAUAAAAUUAGAAUACAUAAUAAAAUGAAAACAAGAAUAAAAACAAACUAUUAACACAUGCCCACAUGGGGAACAGCUUCACAGCUGCCUUCAUUGUGAGACCUGUACCCUGGAGACCAGCUUUCACCAACCUGAUGCCCUCCAGAUGUUUUGGACUGCAACUCCCAUCAGCCCUGGCCAGCUGAGCUGAUGGGAGUUGUAGCCCAAAACAUCUGGAGGGCAUCAGGUUGGCAAAGGCUGGUGUAGACCAUAAAUCCAUUCAGUUCAUCAGCCUCUUUUUCACAGCAGCUAGUCAAAUGCCUCUGGAGUGUCCACAAGCUUUCUCUUGAACUGGAUCACAUGGGCUCCAGUCCACAGAUGUUGAUGCCAUCGUAAAACCUCUUAAGCCCUUCAAGUGUGGCUGGGCUCCUCCCAGGGGUGGGAUGCUUGUUGGACUCCCAACUCGCAUCAGCCUCAGCCAGCAUGGCUGAUACUAAAGAGUGAUGGAAGUUGCCCAGCAGAUCUGCACCAUCCUAUUGCAUUUUAAGAACUGGGAACUGUAGUUUGGCAAGGAAGCUGGGAAUUGUAACUCUGUGAGGGGGACCGUACAGUCCCCGAUAUUCUUUGGGGAAAGUCACGUGCAUUGGAUGUGCUUUAAAUGUGUGGUGUGGCUCUGCAAAUGGUCCAGCAUGGUCACAUGCAACAGGGAAAAUUGUGUCUUCACUUUUUAUAGUCUUGGUCUGGCCUCAGUGUUUAUGCUUGCUUAAUUUUCUGCUUUUUAUUUGCUAUGCCCGUCCCCUAUAUCUAUAUAUCUUUCUCUGUUUGCAGUGUAGAUGGGCACAAUCCAAUGCAAACCCUCUUUUUAUGCAUUUCAGUUGAAGUAGAGUUGAGCAGUCUCUGUCAUUUAAAUGAUUGGUACUGAAUCAUACUGACCUUGACCUGAGCUGGGCCCUAUUUUUAUUUAUUUAUUAUUUAAAAAGUAUAUACCACUAUAUCAUAUCAAAGUGGUUUACAGUGAUAUCUGUAUAUAAUAAAAGCAUGUAAAAAUUUAGAAUCUGAGACCAUUAACAAGCUACAGUUGUACCUUGGAAGUCGAAUGGAAUCCAUUCCGGAAGUCCGUUCGAUUUCCAAAAUGUUUGAAAACCAAAUUGUGGCCUCUGAUUGGCUGCAGGAAGCUCCUGCAGCCAAUCAGAAGCCGCGGAAGCCCAGUCAGAUGUUCAGGUUCCAAAAGAACGUUCACAAACUGAAACAAUCACUUCUGGGUUUGCGGCAUUCAGGAGCCAAAACAUCCGAGUUCCAGGGUGUUCGGGAUCCAAGGUACAACUAUUAUGAAAAUAUAUAUUUUCUAAAUUGCCUGCAUAAGCCUGGCAGCUUAGAAAAGUUUUCAACAGGCAUUCAAAGGUUGACGAAUCUCCCAAUUUAUGUGAUUUUGUUCACAAUUAACUAGAAUAUUUUUUUCAGAACUGGCCAACUAUGAGAGGAAUGUGAACAGGGCCAUCCACAAGUACAAUGCUUACAGGUAAGAUCUCUGCUAUCAUCUGAUCUGCCUUGGCUUGGAAACCCACCGAUUCUUUGGCAAAGCAGUUUUACAGAGGGCUUUGAAAUAAGGACAUUUCAUAGCAUGUGGGUUUGGUUUCUUGCAAUGGUGGUACUUUGACACCCCAUCCCAGAUUUUGACUCUGUUUCACAGCAAAUCUCCAUCAGUGCCCCCCCCCUUCAAAAUAUGGCUGAGUCUCCAGGAAUAAGUGCAAAACAGAGACAGCAUCUUAGGAGAACUUGGUCUCACCUCUUGAGAUAAAGUAAAGGAACAUCUUUACUUUUGCAAAAUACAAAUCCUGUGCAGAAGUGGAAAUAUAAUGUCCUUUAUUUCCGUAUUAGGUGUGCUUUUUAAAGUGAGAAUUGAGUGGAUGGAGUGACAGUGAGUGUUAGGAGUCUGUUGAAUGAUUGUCUUUGUGUGGGUUGUGGGUUUAGUUUUAUGUAGUGUGAAUGGUUUUGGUAAUUAUGUAGGGGUUUUAUAACAAUGUUAUACUGUAAUUACAAUGUGUUAUCUGCAUUAUGGUAUAUUUUGAUGUUUUGUAUAUGAUUUAUUUAUCUACAUUUUAAAAGAUAUUUAAUUAUGUUACUAACAAUGUGGAAUCAGUAGUAGUAGCAGCAGUAAUAGUUGUUGGGUUUGCAUGUCUAAUUUAUAUCAUAUUUUUAUACUCAAUCCUUUUCGUUGGGAUUUGUAAACUGCUUAGAGACUUCUGAUGGAAUAUGAAGUGGCCUAUAAAGAAAAAAAAUAAUCUGUUUGCCAGCAGACCAUGACACCUGGUCCAACAGAAAUCUUUACAGGAUUGCACUGGAGGGAGAUCUGCAAAGUGAGUGGCCUGGAUGUAUACAGUUACUGUCUGCCACCUCUCUGAGGAGAGAGAUCCUAUAUUUGAACUUCUGUCUUCUGCUUCUUCUCUAUAAUUGACUGUAAUUUCUGGAAGGGUGUUGCUUUUCAGUGGAACGGCAAUGGGGAUCUCAUGCUGUGAGCCAAUUUUGGGGGGCCAAAAUAUGACUGUAGAUUUUUCAUUGCUGCAUACAGGAAGGCAGCCUCUGUGAUAUCAAAAUAUCCAAGCAAGAUCAAAAGUGGAGCUGAAGCAAAGAAGCUGGUAAGUCCCUUAAGAACAGGCAGGUCCCCAUUGCUUUUGUGAAUAAUUCAGAAUCGAUAAAAUUCAUCUUCAGAUUCUGUAUAUGUUUACAAAUUUUUCUACAAAUUUAUGGUUUGUAAUCUGCCAAAAUAAAAAUAAAAACACAAUGAGAAAAAAGAAUGGGGAUUUGUGCUGUGUCUUAGCUUAUUAUUUUAUUAUAACAAUUAAUAUGCAAAAUUGGUUGUGGUUUAGUUGUUGACGCUAACUUCCAAUUUACUUGGAACAUUGUUCAAACAUUUGCUUGAUUGAAAUAAACUGUGGUAAAGGUAAAGGGACCCCUAACCAUUAGGUCCAGUCAUGACCGACACUGGGGUUGCAGCGCUCAUCUCGCUUUAUCGGCCGGGUCAUGUGGCCAGCAUGACUAAGCCGCUUCUGGCGAACCACAGCAGCACACGGAAACACUGUUUCCCUUCCCGCCAGAGUGGUACCUAUUUAUCAACUUGCACUUUUGACGUGCUUUUGAACUGCUGGUUGGCAGGAGAAACUGCUGUAGAAUUGUUAUUUAUUGGAUUGCUAUAUUGUGUUUUGAAGCUUAUCGGGAGCAGACCAUAGUAGUAAUGCUGUUUUGAUGUACAUUACUGUUUCUGUAUUGCUGCUCUUGUGUUGUGAGCUGCUUUGGGCAUGUUCAUGUGUGAAAGUAGCACGUUUUAAAGGAUCCAUGCAACUUAAAAACAAAACCGAUGUUCUUGCGCUGCUUCUGAUCAUCUCAAUGGGGCUAGCACAGAAGAACCUCCUGGUGGAUUCUGCCCUUAGAUUGGCUUUGCUGACCAGGGGACAAUGGGAAUGCAAGUCACAAGCAGGUGGAGGACUCGCCCUCCAUGUUGUUAUGGCAAAUGCUUUAUUCUUUAUUUAUUUUUUUUAAGUAUUUUUUAUUAAAGUUUCAAUCAAAAAUUGAACAACAAAGAAAGAAAAGAAAAACAUAAAAAAGAUACACAAAUACACAAUACAAAUCUCAAAAAGAAAAAGAAAAAAAUUAAAAUAAAAAAACACAAAAAACAAGAUUCAACAAUAAAAAAAGAAACAUAACAGUUAAAAACAGUAUCUCUUUUCCAUUUCCGUUUUUAAGUUUACUUAUUUUCUGGACUUCCUCAUACCUCCCUCUUUUGUAUUCCAAUCCAAAUUGUUUGUCCAGCAAUUUCUUUUCCACUUUUUUAAUCCCAGUCUUUAACUUUAAUAUAAUAUUGAAAUAUAUAACUUCAACUUCUUUAAACCUAAUCUUUAAUCUUAGUGUAAUAUAACAUUAAAAUUUUACCUCUUAAUUGUCGAAUUUCCAUUUCUUUAAACAUCUUUAAUCCUAAUCUUUAAUCUUAGUCUAUCAUUAACUUUAACCUGUACAGCUGGAAACCGCUUAUUUUCAGUCCAACAUCACUCUAACAUUCUUUAAUUUUGCAAUGUUUCUGAAGAUAGUCUUUGAAUUUCUUCCAAUCUUCCUCCACCGACUCUCAAAUGCUUUAUUCUUUACAACAUUGUUUUAUGUGCUUCACUCUCUUGCUCGCUGUUGUAAGUUAAGUUCCUGUGUAGCUCUCCCAUUUUUUCAUUUUUCUUUUCUUUUUUAAAGGAUGGAGUUGGAGCUAAAAUUGCAGAAAAGAUUGAUGAGUUUUUAUCUACUGGAAAACUACGAAAGCUGGAAAAGGUAACUAAUUGGAUUUUUAUAACUCUGUUUUGUACAAGUGGUAUAAUAUUUCACUCCGAAAGUACGUAUAUGCAAAGUACAAGCAUACAUGUUGAACUUAGUUGUCCUUCUAUAUUGUUUCUAAUUUUCCUACCCACAACAUUUAUACACUACUUGAUUGUAAUAAAACCACAAGAGGUUUACUAAAAGAGCGUGGAGUGUCAUUUUGGUUUUUUUAAUGGGGUGAAUACUUUGCCUAAUACUUGCGUACACCACCUUGAAAUCUCUUGAAGUAAGGCAGUUAAGAAACAUUUAUUUAAUGAAUAAAAAUAAACCAUGCCAGCAUAUGAAGCUGCCUUGCAUACCAAGUGAGGCUGGCUGGCAGACACUCCCUGCCCUACCUGAAGAUACCCAGGACAGAACCUGAUCCAUUCUGCACACAGAGCAUCUGCUCUACUACUGAAACUACUUGGUCACAUCUGUCCCCAUGCUGCACCUUAAUGAGUCCCAAACUCUGUCAAGAACAGCUACCUCUCCUGGUAGGCCCCGCAGAGGACCUUAAGGUCCACAAAUACAAUACUUUGGAGAUCCCAAAUCACAAGGUGGUUAGAUUGGUCUCAACUAGGGCCAGGGCCUUUUCAGUACUGGCCCCGACUUGGUGGAAUGCUCUGUCACAAGAGAGCAGGGCCCUGCAGGACAUGACAUUUUCCGCAGGGCCUGCAAGACAGAGCUGUUCCGCCUGGCCUUUGGUUUGGACUCAGUAUGACCCUUAUGUUUCCCUCCCCUUACAGUUUUGGGCUCCUUUUAAAAUGAGGCUGCAUUUUAAAUUGGUUUUUCUUUUUCUUUCUAUUAUGUUUUUAUUGUAAUCUUACUGGUGUUAGCCGCCCUGACCUCAGCUCUGGCCAGGGAGGGCGGGGUAUAAAUAAAUAUUAUUAUUAUUAUUAUUAUUAUUAUUAUUAUUAUUAUCAUCUCAUGUGAAGCUGAAUGCUGAAAGAUUCAGGACAGAUCAAAGAAAGUCCUUCUUCACGCAUCACAUAGUUACACUGUGGAACUUGUUCCUACAGGGGGCAGUGAUGGCCACCAACUUGGAUGGCUUUAAAAGAGGAUUACACAUAUUCAUGGAGGAGAAGGCUAUCCAUGGCUACUAGCUACAGUAGCUAAGCUCCGCCACCACAGUUGGAGGCAGCAAUGUUUCUGAAUACCAGUUGCUGUAAACCACAGGAUGGAAGAGUGCUCUUGUGCUCGAAUCCUGCUUGCAGGUUCCCACGGGCAUUUGGUUGGCCACUGUGAAAACAGGUCAUUGGUCUGAUCCAGCAGGCUCUUUGUGAAAGCUGACUCUGCACAGUUCAUGGGAAAAUCUUCUCCUGCUGCUUCUGUCUCCGCUGCCUCCUGUGCUCCCGCAUCCCAUCACGUAGCAGGGAGGAGACAAAGGCAGGCAUUGCUUUGGCUGAGUGAACCAAGCAAUGUCUCACUCAGGCUUCACAGGAACCGUUUCCCUGCCAUAAUCUGACUAUCUGUUUCAUUUGUGCAGUUGGAAACAGCCCGUUCUUUUUCUCCUUCUAGAUCCGACAGGAUGAUACGAGCUCAUCUAUCAAUUUCCUGACCAGAGUCAGCGGUAUAGGGUAAAUGUGUGUGCAUUUUUAAAACCAAGGGUAGAAAUGAGCUUUGAAACCGGGUCUCCUGAAUGCAUUUGAUCUCAAAUUUGAGGAGAUUGAAAUUCACUUUCUGGUGCUGCUAUUGACAAGUGUCCCAGUUUCAUAAUCCAGCUUUCCCCAGUUUGGUGCCCUCCAGAUAUUUUUUGAUUCUCAAUCAGCUGUUAUUUCCUCCCCGUUGGAAGGCUUUGACAUUCUCUGCCUCCGCCGUCCAAGAUUCUGCUGUUUUUGUCAUUCUAAUUCUAAAACUCUUCCAACGUUUGACCAUCGGCUGUGGGGAGGACUGCAGGGCCUGCUCCCUUCCAAGUCCUUUUCCAACUGGCCCAGGGGGCGUGGCCCAGGCCCUUAUUUGGAACAAACUUUUGGGGAAGUGUGGGAAGUGUUCUGCCAUUGCUUCCCUGUUCCAGGUGGUUAAUGUGCUUUAAAAUGUCCUCAAGCAGUCAGUGGCAUUUAAUUUUAUUUCUUUAAUUUUUAUUUUCUUUAUUUCUUUCUUCUUUAAUUUCUUUUUCUUUUGCCUUUUGUGUGGUGGGUGGGUGGGAUGGAUAUUUGGUUGGGGAUUAAUUUUAGUAUAAUUGUUUUGUUCCUUUUUGUUGUUGUUGUUUUAUUGGUUCUGUAUAGUUUGUGUUUUGUUUUUAAGGGGCGGGAUCAGGGCUGCCUGGGAGUGGGGCCCUAGCCAACACAAUGGCUGGGACAAGUUCCAUGGGGGGGGAAGCACUGGGACAUCCGAUCUCGGUGAUCAUGGGCAGGAGGAGGAGUUACGCUAAGACCAGACCAUGUCAUUACCGAGGAGGCAGGUUUAGUCGUUGUUUGAAGAUUAUCCCUGCCUCCGGGUCUGGCGUUGACCGGAUGGAUACUGGAAUCAACAGGGGAAACCCACAUGACCUGAAGGUGUUGCUGUGUAAUGCCAGGUCAAUGAUGAAUAAAACCACUGCCAUCCACGACCUGAUUGUGGAUGGAGGAUUUGACCUGGCAUGUGUGACAGAGACCUGGUUGGAGGAAGCAGAUAGGCCACUGCUUGCCCACCAGGUUUCUCUUACGCACAGCAACCCAGGUCAUGUGGGCGGGGAGGGGGGGUUGCAGUGAUUUUUAGGAAGUCACUAGCUUGCACCAGGCGUCCUACUGGGAAGAUCCAGUUUUCUGAGUGCAUGUUCUGGAAGUUGGGCAAUAGGGGCAGUACAGGAUUCCUUUUGGUGUACCGACCUCCCUGCUGCACCAAGGAUUCCCUGCCCAAGCUGCUUCAGGUCGUGGCGGAUUUUCUCCUGGAGACACCUAGUUUGGUUGUCCUAGGGGAUUUUAACAUCCAUGCCGACACGACCUUACAAGGGGCUGCUCGGGACUUCGUGGAAAGCAUGGCCUCCAUGGGGCUGUCCCUGAAUAAGUUUGGCCCAACUCAUAGUCAUGGACAUGCCUUAGACCUGGUGUUCACCUCUAGUGACAUGGGUGAUCUGACACUAAGUAAAAGUGAAACAAAAGAAGUGCCAUGGUCAGAUCACUUCCUGGUGCAACUGGACUUCUCCGCGACCCUUCCCCUCUGCAGGGAGGUGAGACCAAUUUGGAUGGUCCGCCCCCGCCACUUAAUGGAUCCAAAUGGUUUCCAGAGAGUGGUAGGGGAUGCUUUAUCCCAUGUUGAUGGCCUUUCAGCUGAUUCCCUGGUGGCCCGCUGGAAUGCGGAGUUAACCAGGGCUAUCGACUGUCUGGCUCCGAAGCGCCCUCUCCGAUUGCAUGGAGCCUGGACAGCCCCGUGGUUUUCUUCGGAGCUGAGGGCGAUGAAACAAUUGCUGAGACGGCUAGAGCGUCGGUGGCAGAAAACUCACUCCGAAUCUGACCGGACACAGGUUAGAGCUUAACGUCGAGCCUACCAAGUGGCGAUAGCGACGGCGAAGAAGACUUUCUUCACCGCCUCUAUUGCAUCUGCAGAAAAUAGUAGCAGGAGACUCUUUCAGGUGGUUCGCAAUUUAACGGAACCACCUUUACCACCGGGGCCUUGUAAAGACCCCAAGAUCUCCUGCAAUGAUUUUGCAAAUUUUUUUGCAGAUAAAAUCACUCAUAUUCGGAAGGAGCUAGACACCACCGUGGCAGCAGGGCUGGGGCAGGAGAGUGCUAGAGCUCUGUCUGGUCAAGUUGCAUGGAAUCAAUUUCAAUCCGUUACCCCUGAGGAUGUGGACAGGCUGCUUGGACGCGUGAAACCAACCACCUGUCUCCUUGAUCCUUGCCCAUCCUGGCUAAUAAAAGCAAGCCGGGAAGGGCUGGGCGAUGGGCUCUGCGGGGUGGUGAAUGCUUCCUCUGUGCGGGAACAUCCCCAUAUCCGCUGACAGAGGCGGUCAUUAAACCGCUUCUUAAAAACCAUCUUUAGACCCGGCCAGUAUGGCCAACUAUCACCCAGUCUCAAAUCUUCCAUUCUUGGGCAAGGUGAUUGAGCGAGUGGUUGCUGAACAACUCCAGGCACGCCUGGAGGAUGCGGACCAUUUGGAUCCCUUCCAAUCGGGAUUCAGGCCUCAUCAUGGGACUGAAACUGCCUUGGUCGCGCUGGUUGAUGAUCUCCGGCAAGCUAGGGACAAAGGUGAGAGCUGUUUCCUAGUUCUGCUGGAUCUCUCAGCGGCCUUUGAUACCAUCGACCAUAACAUCCUUCUGGACCGUCUAGAGGGGCUGGGAGUUGGGGGCACUGUUAUACAGUGGUUUUGCUCCUUCCUCCUGGGCCGUGUUCAGAAAGUGGUGGUGGGGGAUGAGUGUUCCGACCCCUGGGCCCUCACUUGUGGGGUUCCUCAGGGUUCCGUCCUCUCCCCCAUGCUUUUUAACAUCUAUAUGAAGCCGCUGGGAGAGAUCAUCAGGAGGUUUGGACUGGGUGUCCAUCAAUAUGCAGAUGAUACCCAGCUCUACCUCUCUUUCAAAUCAGAACCAGUGAAGGCGGUGAAGGUCCUGUGUGAGUGCCUGGAGGCGGUUGGAGGAUGGAUGGCGGCUAAUGGAUUGAAGUUGAAUCCUGACAAGACAUAAGUACUGUUUGAGGGGGACAGUGCGAGGGCUGGUGUGGAGGACUCCCUGGUCCUGAAUAGGGUAACUGUGCCCCUGAAGGACCAGGUGUGCAGCCUGGGAGUCAUUUUGGACUCACAGCUGUCCAUGGAGGCGCAGGUCAAUUCUGUAUCCAGGGCAGCUGUCUACCAACUCCACCUGGUACGCAGGCUGAGACCCUACCUGCCCGCGGACUGUCUCGCCAGAGUGGUGCAUGCUCUAGUUAUCUCCCGCUUGGACUACUGCAAUGUGCUCUACGUGGGGCUAUCUUUGAAGGUGACUCAGAAACUACAACUAAUCCAGAAUGCGGCAGCUAGACUGGUGACUGGGGGCAGCCGCCGAGACCACAUAACACCGGUCUUGAAAGACCUACAUUGGCUCCCAGUAUGUUUCCGAGCACAAUUCAAAGUGCUGGUGUUGACCUUUAAAGCCCUAAACGGCCUCAGCCCAGUAUACCUGAAGGAGCGUCUCCACCCCCAUCGUUCUGCCCGGACGCUGAGGUCCAGCGCCGAGGGCCUUCUGGCGGUUCCCUCAUUGCAAGAAGCUAAGCUACAGGGAACCAGGCAGAGGGCCUUCUCGGUAGUGGCGCCCGCCCUGUGGAACGCCCUCCCAUCAGAUGUCAAAGCGAUAAAUAACUACCUGACAUUCAGAAGACAUCUUAAGGCAGCCCUGUUCAGGGAAGUUUUUAAUCUGUGGUAUUUUAGUGUAUUUUUGGUUUCUAUGGAAGCCGCCCAGAGUGGCUGGGGAAACCCAGCCAGAUGGACGGGGUACAAAUAAUAAAUUUAAUAAAUUAUUAUUAUUAUUAUUAUUAUUAUUAUUAUUAUUACUGGGUCAGCAAUCUGUCUCAUGGCAGACAAAUCCUCAUGGAGUGAAAUUUUGCAUGAGAUGUUAUGCUUCACACUGGUGAUGAGCAGCCUUGUUGCUUUGUAGGCCUGCGGCUGCCAGGAAGUUUGUGGACGAAGGAAUUAAAACUCUGGAAGGUGAGUCCGCUGUGGCUGUCUCUCUGGUUUGAGAGAACAAGCUGCUUAUCUGCUAGGCCAACAUGCCUCCAUCUUUGGAAAUGCCUAGGCAGGGCUAGGAGGACUCUGCAACUAUAGCUCUGCUGCCCUAUCCAUCUCCCCCGUCGUCCAAUACUCCCUCCCAAUACCAUCACCCUAGACCAGCCCAGGGAUCAAGAUCAGUGGAGGAGGCCCUCCUUUCUGUUCUGCCACCUUCAGGGGUUUGAGGGAUGGCAGCUGAUGAGAGGGCGUAGCGAUAGCAACAAGGAUGUGAAACUCCCUCCCCUGAAGGAGCAUCUGGCACCAUCACUUGACAGCUUCUAUCAGUUGCUGAAGAUGCCCCUCUUUACCCCUAUCUGUUGAAAACUGAAGGAUUUCUUUUGGUGUCCUUUGGUGUUUGGUAUGUGAAUUAUUGUUUUGGGGUGAUGGGUGGGGUGUUGCUGUGUUUUUAUAUGUUCUAACCUGCCAUUUCAUAUCUGGCCUGAGGGAACUGAAGUGAGUUUCCUCCUCCCGUUACACUGUGUGCCCCCUCCCUGCCCCCACCAAUGGCUUCCUCAUGCUUAGGAUGGUCUUUGCCAUCUGAAUUACAACCAGAAGCUGCUCAGACAAAGGUCUUUCUCUUUUGCCUUCCAGAAAUGCAUAAAACUUUAAUGUUCAGGACCGCUUUGGGCUGACAAGUUGGAUUUUUUGCCCCUGGCUAAAUUGAUUUAGAUCAACUGGGUGGUUUUUCUUUGUUUCUAUAGCUGAUGAUUGGUUUAUUUUAUUUACUUAAUUUUGGAGAAUAUUCUUUCUAAAGCUAAUGCAAGUAACUAUUUGUAUUUCAAGGGCUAUUACAUUUUGAGGGAGAAACCAAAUUGGUUCUGCAGUAAUCAGGCUUGUGACCCACUUCUCCCUUUUGUCCGUCUCCUUGGGAUCACAAUCCAGAGAUCCCAGAUUGUUGAUAUAUCCAGUGCCAAGAAAGUUGUGCCAAACAUUUCCUCCUCUCUUGAGGGCUGCUUCUAGACUGCACAGGCCUGCAUGAGGAGAUGCCUCCGUGUGCCCUUUGCGUCAUAAGAGUACUUUUUCAUAGCCAACUUUAAGGAAUAAAACAACAACACAGUACAAUAUAAAUAGCAAGAGCAACACAACAAAUCCACUUUUGAAAAAGAUUGGACUUCUGUAGUCAGAAAAGUGAUGGGUAAAUACAGUAAUUUGUUCAGGAGAGCAGCCAUUUGACUAUGAUGGGUUAUAGCCUCUGUGCAAGUUUUCUGAGAGGAAAUCAGGACAGUCACUUGGUAAAUGCUUCAUCUGGAAGAGAUAGUCAUUUAAUAAAAUGCUUAACCGAUUUCAUUACUCUGCUCCUUCUAGAUCUAAGAAAAAAUGAGCACAAACUGAACCAUCAUCAGCGAAUUGGAUUGAAGUAAGACCUGCAUAUUUUCUUCCUCUAAAGGUUCAGUUAUGGACAUUUAUAGUUAUUUGAUGGCACACUUGCAUAGAGCUUUUUUAAUAUACAUUCAGAAGCAACACCAUGGUAGAUUUUUCAUUUGUUGCCAAAUGUUAAUCUCUAUGCAAGUUUUAGCUACCUUUGUUCAGCAGUUUGUAGUGUUGGUCAGGGUCUGACUUGCCCUCCAUGGUUUCUUGAUUGAAAUUCUGUGAUACUGAAUUACUUGCAAAAUGGGCCAUUAGUAGUGAAACAUUCAUUGUAUGGGCAGUAGUGCUGCUGACCAGUUCAAAGAUGUGUUUAUUUUAUUUGUUUUGUGGGAAGUGAAUCAUAAAUUAAAUGAAAUAUCCCAAAGUGAUUAAUAAUUAAAAAAGCAACAAUAGAAACACAUAAAAACAGUUUCAAAAUUCAAUGGAGAUACAGACAGAGAUAAAAACCUCCCCAUAAAAGGCUUGUUGAAAAAGGAAGGUUUAUAACAAAGUCAUGUUGAGAAGCAGCAUUCAUGUAUCACUGAUAUUUUUUGCUGCGGCAUAUUGCUUGGCCUGUGUCAGAAGUAUUCUGUUUUAAACAGUAGCUUUAGCAUAUUAUAUCUAUCAGAUGAUAGAAGGUUUAGAAUACUUAUUCUAAAGCUGACACAAUAUUGGUAUUAGUCACUUGCUGUAUGAAGAGUCUAAGCACAACAAUCUCAGAGAACAAUGCAUUACCAGUAGGAACCAUACAAAAAUCCAUAUAACACACCCUGUAAAACAGCAGUAAAAAAACUUGGGCAGCAAAGCAGAACAUAUGCGAAUUAGUACUUGAAUUAAUCCUGAAUUUGCACUGUGUAACUGGGAGGGAUUUAUAAGAGUUAGUGGAUUUAAAUUUCAAAAGAACUUGAAAAUUGGUGCGCCCAGGAACACAGUCACUGCUGCUUCCUUAUCCUCAUUUAUUUUGCAUGUGCAGGUACUUUGAAGACUUUGAGAAAAGAAUUCCUCGGAAAGAGAUGUUAGAGAUGCAGGUGAGAAAAGCACCAUCUUCCUCAUUGAGGGGAAAGGCAAGGAGGGGUCUGUGGAAGAAAGAUCAAAUCACUUGAUCUCUUUUUGUCCAAAACAGGAAAUCGUUUUGAGCGAGGUAAAGAAAGUGGACCCCACGUAUAUUGCUACAGUGUGUGGCAGUUUCCGUCGAGGUGAGUCUCUGUUAGUUGUUGUGGGGCAUUGUGUCCUCUCUGGCACAAUUCUGAGGUUUCUGUAAUGCCUGACUGGGGCAAGAACAUGUAAUCUUGUUCUGCAUAUUUGUCUUUAAAAACUUUGUUGAUUUUAUUUGUGUUUUCUUGGUGACUUCUACACUGCUUAGUAUUUAUUAGUCUGGAAAAAAAAUCUAACAUGCUUGAGAUCCCAACAUUAGUUAUGUCACUUAACUGAGGCAGAAGUGGGACUUGUAAAACUUGCAGAUCUAAUAAAAAAAAUAUAUAAGGUGCUAGUAACACCUUAUAGACCAACUCAGUUUGUUCUGGUAUCAGCUUUUGUGUGCAUGCACACUUCUUCAGAUGCACACGAAAGCUUAUACCAGAACAAACUUGGUUGGUCUAUAAGGUGCUACUAGACAAUUUUUUACUUUUUAUUUUUAUUUCGACUGCAUCAGACCAACACGGCUACCUACCUCAAUUGCAGAUCUAACUAAACCUUGCAGACCACAGCAGAGCUGAAGGGUAGAAGUGAGGAAAUAAAAACAAAGUUUCUAGGUUUGGCUGGAAAGCAGGAUUCUUAUUCUCUUAUACUCUGGUUUUGACAGGUGCAGAAUCAAGUGGGGAUAUGGAUAUUCUUUUGACCCAUCCAAACUUCACUUCAGAAUCCUCCAAACAGGUGCUUUCUGCAGUCUAUUACAUUUUUAAAAAACCACUCAGAAGAUAUAUUUAUGAGUUUGGAUUACAGACUUCAUAAAAAAGCAGCAAAUACUGGUGUGCAAACAUAAUACUUCAUGAGUUGCACAGGCAGGACAGCCCCAGCCUGAGAAUGGUGAGGCAGGACAGAUCCUAAGUCUGCCCUGCAGUAAUAUUUAUUCCCAAUCCCUAAUACAAGGGGUAACCAACAGAUGUGCCAUCCAGAUUUUGUUGGACUCCAACCCCCAAGCACAGUCAGUGGUCGUGGGUGAUGGGAGUUGUUCACAACAGUGGAGGGCACCAUGUUGGCUACUGCUGCCUAACACAGUCAUAAGGCAACCAGAAUCCCUAGUUUUAGCAAGAACAAUUUUCUUCGGUGCCUCAAAUCUUGCCCUAUACAGAGAGGGAAAGCAAGCUGCUGUAGCUGCCUCCAAAAACAAGUAGAGUCACCGGCAACAGACAGAUCUGCUCCAUUGUGGACACCUUCCACUGGGAAGAUCUGCUACAUAAAAGUCUAUGAAACAAGUUUCUCAUUUUGUGCCGAAGAACUUUCUAGUGGUUGUGAGGCUGUCCUUAGUCUUUCCACCUCAGGCAGGAAAAUGACUUUGCCCUGUCCCUCUUCUCUAUUUAGUUAUUUGAAAAUAUUUUUAGACCGCUUAGCACCUAUCAAUCUUAAAGGAGGAAAAGGCAUAGCCUGCCAGCAGUCAAGAUAAAACAGCAUAAAAUGCAUUUCAGAUUUCACAGUGACCAGUGAGAUGCAACAUAGUGCAUAACUAACAACUGAUCUAGGAAGGUUUGAGUGAAAAGUCGUAGUAAGCGCCAGAAACAAGAUGGCACUAGGCCUUUUCAAGGCAAAAGAGCGUUCAACAGGGCAGAGGCUCUAAGUUGUUGCUGCUGUUCCCAAGAGAAUAGCCUCCCAGCAGCCCUCAAAUAUUCUGUGCAGGAGGAGAAACAGUUUCUAGACUCCUUCUGACGGCAAGUUUGUGAGGCAUCUGAAUAAACAUUACAAGUGUGUUUUGUUAUCUACUCAAUGAUGACAAAUAUUAUUCCUUCUGAAGCCAAAGCUUUUGCAUCAAGUGGUCGAGCAACUGGAAAACAUCCACUUCAUUACAGAUACGCUUUCGAAGGGAGACACCAAGUUCAUGGUGAGUGUUUUUAUUCCGCGUGUCUUGAAAGAUGCUCAAACCUGCAGGAGGAGAAGACAGAGAACCCCAAGUAAUUGAGUUCUCGCCUCCUUUCUUUAGUCCUUGACAAUUGGAAUGCCAAUUUAUGAGCCAUGAGAAAUUAAGAGAGCCCAGACUUGCCUCUUCUUUGAAAUGUUAGCAAGUUUUAAAAUUCCAUGUCGGUAUUGAAGUCAAGGAAACCCCCUUUCAUGUUUGACCUCGGGCGGAAGUGCAUUUCCUUAAAACGUUCCUAUGAAAUUCAGCUGUGUGGAGUUGUAGGGAAAGACUUUUUGGCUGCAGAAAAUCUCAGGUUUUUUGUUUCAGCAGCAGAUUCUUUGUCAGGAUGCAGAUACUUAAUCCCCCUUUGAUGUGGGUUUUGCCACAAAGAACAAGGUGAAAGCAUCAUUUAUUUGGAGAGAGACCAUCAAGUGUUCUCCUGCUCCGGAUGUGUGCUAUCAAGUUUCACAUCCAGUUUAGGUGUGUCUCCGCAGGCCUCAGAUAUCUUGUUCUCAAUGUCUUAAUUGUGAGUGGCGCUAAAAUGGCUGCAUUUAGACUGAGCCCUCUGUCCUAAAUCUUGACCAAAAAAAUGCAUGUUCUGUGAUGGGUGUGGAAACGUGCCCCCCCUUUUUAUUAACUUAUCUUUGCAAACUCUUGUUUCAACUGACAUGCUGUUCCAUACCUAUUACUUUUAUGGGUACAUGUGUGGGAGAAACCUAGCUGGCCCUCCAGGGCACAAAAAUUGUGAUCCUGCGGUUGCUGCCUGUACCUGUCCAAAUGGAUCUCUGGAACAAGCGGCCCUGCAUCCUGCUUUUGUAAGCAGCUUCUCCCAACCACCCCAGAGAUCCACAGUGCUCCUGUCCAGAUCCCAGCAUUCGUGAACAGUUUCAGAAAAUCACCAUUUGGUUCUUUUGAAGCCAAAGAAUUGCUGAACUGAAGAGUGUAGGUUUACCUGCAAAAUAAAACUACAAUCCCAGCCAUAUUGGAAGGGUUUUGUUUGGUAGGAAAUUCUGCUCUGGAGGAAGCUGCUCCACAAGCUGUUUAGCUUUUACACUGAGUCUCUGUCAUAUGACACCAGGUAUGGGGUACACUGGGGGCAGCAUGCUUGAUCAAAGGUGUCGGGCUCUAAGGGUGCCUAAUGAUUUUUGGUGUUUUCCUUGCUUUGUAUAUCUAUAUGUAUGUAUGUAUGUACGUUUUCUUUCUUUAACUUAUAGGGAGUGUGUCAGCUCCCAAGCAAAGAUGAGGAAACUGCUUACCCUUACAGGAGGAUUGAUAUCAGGUAAAUCUCAAGGAGGACAGGGGGCUGGUAACUGCACUGGUACGCUAGGUGGAAUAAAUAGUAAUACAGAGAGAGAGUGUGUGUGUCCUACCUUGGAAGUCAAACAGACUCUGUUCCUGAAGUCUGUUCGACUUCCAAAACGUUCAGAAACCAAAGUGGGGCUUUGAUUGGCUGCAGGAAGCUCUUGCACAUGACAGAGAGCCAUUCAUUGCCAGUGAAUGUUGGAAGAUUCAGGACAAAUAAGAGAGUUGUUCACACAGCACAUAAACUAUGGAACUGGCUACCACAAGAGGCAGUGAUGGCCACCAAUCUAGAUAGCUUUAAAAGAGGAUUGGACAAGUUCAUGAAGAACAAGGCUAUCAAGAGCUACUAGCCAGGAUGGCUGUGACCUUCCUCCCCUGGGAAUCUCAAGUGAGGAGAGUCUCUUGUGCUCAGGUCCUGCUUGCAGGCUUCCCAUUGGGGCAUUUGGGUGGCCACUGUGAGAACGGGGUGGGCGCCCUUUGAUCUGACCCAGCAGGCUCUCUUAGGUUCUUAUUGUGCUUCCCCUCUUGGUUCUGCUCUGCAGGUUGAUUCCCAGGGAUCAGUAUUACUGUGGAGUUCUGUACUUCACUGGAAGCGACAUAUUCAAUAAGAACAUGAGAACCCAUGCUCUGGAAAUGGGCUUCACCCUCAAUGAAUACACAAUCCGGCCCUUGGGGAUCACCGGUGAGUGCUCAUAUCUGCUCUUUUAGGGAAUGGAUUUGAGGCUGUCUGUGUUUCUUUGUCUCGACUGCAACCGUGCCAUAAAUCUUGGCUUCUGGUUCCGUUGUCUGUUUCCUGGAAAUAAACAUCUAGCUCUCGUGGCUGCAAAGAGAUAGUGAAGAAAAAUGGUGGGUAGGGACAAGGGAAUGUUUCUAGUGUCCAGAAGAAGGGGCUUGUUCACUUCCCUGGACUGCUGGUCCUUCUAGGUGAAGGUUGUUAGCAGCAGGGCUUCCAAACUGGUCUAUGGCUCACCAGUGGCCCACCAGCUUUAUCCUGGUGGUCUGAAGGUGUCUGGGGGUUUGUGAUUGAAGGCAGGAGAUGGCACAUUCGUUGCAUUAAAUAUCCAAAAUGAUUUUUAAUUGUGUUUCUGUUGCUUCUUUUCUUACAUACUGCAUAUGAUUAUAUUACAAUUUGAAUUCUAUGGAAUACAAUAUAUAAGAAAUAAAAUAAUCCAUAAAGUAACAGGUAAAAAUGAUACAGCAUCUAGCACGGCCCACCCCAGUUGCUGCAACAGGCAGAAAAAUCCCCAAGUGGGGCAGCAAGAUCAUCAACAAUUUUCAGGUGGUCCAUUGGUGGGGGUGGAGUUGGGGAACCACUGGUCUGUGCCAGCCUUGCCAGCGUGUGUGCCCUCCAGGGCGUGUUUGACCACAAUACCCAUCAUACCUGACCAUUGGCCAUGCUGUCAGGGGCUGCUGGGAAUUGUAGUCCAAAAAUCUAGCAGGCAGCGGCUUGGGGAAGGCUGGCCUGGACUGAGUGGCAGUAGCUUUCCAGGUUUUCAUGCCUAAGCCUUUCCCAGUUCUGCCUGCGGAUGCGGCCAGGGAUUUUUCAUCUGGAACUCUGCAUCCAAAGCCCAUGCUCUCCCUCCGAGCUGUGACCCCUCCCUUUGUUGUUUGUAUCCUGUCCCCCCUCCAUGACACCCACCCACACCCUGGUCCUCACUUUUUGCAUUCGGGAGUGUUACCCUCUAACAGAGCUGGUUCCACGACCUGCUGAUCUGUUGCUGAUUCUGCUUUUGCUAAAUAGCAUUUGUGUCCACAAGAAAUGCAAUUCAUUUUCUAUACUGUUCACAUAAUACUGAUUUUAUAACUCUGGAGGGUGUGGAGUGGAGUGCUUUGCCAUAAACCCGCCUUCCUACCAGUGGACUUAACUCACCCAUCCCCAUUUGCACUGUGUGUGUUUUCAGGAGUUGCUGGGGAGCCCCUCCUUGUCAACAGUGAGAAGGACAUCUUUGACUACAUCCAGUGGAAGUAUCGCGAGCCAAAGGAGCGGAGUGAAUAACUGCUCUCCCAAUCCCAGGCGCUUUGAAAAGCUAAUUUCUUAGGUUGAGGUGGUGGCAAUCUAGCCUGAGACUGUAAUUUAUUGCUUAAUCCUGUUGGGGAAGUGAGUGUGUGGUUCGUUUUUAAAUGUCUUUGGAACUUUACAGUAGUGUGUGCUGAAUUAAAACGCUAGCUGGUGUAUAUUGGCUGUGACUUACCUUCUUUCUGCAAAGCUUCAGAUUCCCCAGAUCUGGCUUAAGAGAUGUAUUUUGACCCAAGUGAAAAGGUAAGGCUUUCACAUAGCAGUCUGAGGUCUGCUACACAGCACUAAUUAGCAGUUCAACUUCAAAAAAUGUAAUUAGAGGAGCAAGUAGGGGCUUGGGAGCUGAAGCCCAGCGCUGUGACUCAGCAUUCAAGUACAAACACAGAGGUUUGUUGACUGACUGGAGGGCAGGUGGUAGUUCAGAGGUAAAGACUUGCAUCUAAAAUAAAGGAGAUAUUGCUUUCCCUAGCCCUAAGUACUCAGUUUCAGUUGUGCAUACACAGAGAAUCAGAAUCCUUGAAUGAACUUUACCCUUCUCACACCAUUCACCUUGCAAGUGGUCCAGGAUACAUACCGUCUUAUGGCCUCUACCUCUCUUUCAAGUGGGGUGUGAAAAAGCAUUGUCCACAAAGGCAACUCUAUUUCGUUCAAUUCACUGGAACAAUCUAAUUGAGACCAUAUUUUGCCCAUACUUCAUUUUCAAAACGACCCAAAUCAGUGGAUUCAAAUGACAAGGAAGGAGAUUCCAACUAGAGUUUGGAUUCGAUAUCCCGCUUUAUCACUACCCUAAGGAGUCUCAAAGCGGCUCACAUUCUCCUUUCCCUUCCUCCCCGACAACAAACACUCUGUGAGGUGAGUGAGGCUGAGAGACUUCAAAGAAGUGUGACUGGCCCAAGGUCACCCAGCAGAUGCAUGUGGAGGAGCGGAGACGCGAACCUGGUUCCCUAGAUUACGAGACUACCGCUCUUAACCACUACACCACACUGGCGGCUAAACACUAGGAGGAACUUUCCAACAGUAAGAGCUGUUUGACAGUGGAACGGACUACCUUGGAAGGUGGUGGACUCCCCUUCUUUGGAGGUUUUUAAACAGAGGUUGGGUGGCCAUCUGCCAGGGAUUCUUCAGCUGUAGUUCCUGCAUUGCAGGGGUUUGGACUAGAUGACCCUUGAGAGUCCCUUCCAAUGCCUGGCAGCAGCUGCUCCUGGGUGGGGACCACAUGACCCUCCUGCUGUUGCUGGACCGCAGUUUGCAUCCUCUGCUCGUUGGCUGUGCUGACUGCGGCUGAUAGGACAUGUUUCCCAACCUUGCCCUACUUGAUGGACCUCCUUGGCAGCUCUUAACUACUUCCUUGCUCUGGUGUCCACCCUGAGCAUCCGAAUGCUGCUUUCCAGUGCCACACACGGCUUGCUCUGUGCCACCUAAGCCAGCCCAUUGCCAGGGCUGAAGGAAGUUUCAGUUGGUGUCCACAUGUGGAAGUUCUGCCAACUAAAUGCCUGGGUCAGAACUGUCCCUUUGACUUGACAGAGAGAUAUAUAUACUUCUUUUUUCUUUUUUUAUUAUUUUUCUCUCAUGACAAAUAACAAAUCAACAGAUGUAAACAGAACAAAAAGGAUUGGAUGUUACAUAGCACAUUAUGGUAAAAGGCAAAAGAUUUAUUCAAUGUGAAGAGAAACCAGAGUAUUAUGGAAACCAAAAACCAGAGUAUUAUGGAAACCAAAAACCAGAGUAUUAUGGAAACCAAAAACCUUCCUGCAUGGCUUAGAACUACCCUUUUGUUUUUCACAGGUAGGUGAAGUCUAGUCACUUCCAUCAACAUACAAGAGGUCUUGUGUUCAUUUUGUUUUCUCCUUUAUUAACCCCAUCUCUUUGUCAGUUUGGAAAAUUAGAGUUCAUGCUGAAUCCAAAGGAAAUGCAGCCAGGAUGCUUACAGAAGCACAUCCUUGCUUCACACAAGUGAUAAAUGCAUUCCAUGUCAUCUAAAAGUCUGCUGCACCUGUCUUGCCAUGCACAGAUAAUUUAUUUCAUAAAAUUUGUACUGUACAACACUUUUGUAAAAAAUAAAAAAGCAGUUUUACAGCAGU